CUUCGUGUGGUGUGUGCGGUGUGCGGGCUCCGCUGUGCUUGUGCUUCUGCUUCCGCGGGGACGAGUCGCCGUGACGUCACGCCGCAGCGUUCCACAAUCCCAACUGCGCUACCGGUCCUGCGACGUCAGUCGUGCACGAGGACAUCAGCCGGUGGGCAGUGAAAGCGCUCCAGUGGACAUCGCGAGGAAGAGCAGUCCUGCCGGAAACCGACGGCCCGGAAGCACUGGCGCGGGGCCCGCAGCCUGACCGCUCCGCCACAGAAGCCGCCCAGAGCAGCCUCCAAGCAGCCUCCAGCAGCACGGCAGCGGCGCAUCCAGCAGCUGCCGGGGCACCCCCUGUUGCUGUGGCACGUCUUUCUAAUCAGCCCAGCCUUCCACUGGCAGCCGCUCUUUACAACAGUAGCGCGCCGGCCGCGAGAUACGUGCGACUGAUCCAUCAUCAUUACCGGCCUCUUCUCCGGCGCAGCGCCCACCGCAGGGAGUCCGCAGGAGCUGUUUGUGUCGGCGAGGCAGCCGAGAACAAUAUCAUCACCGCGGCGGGACCCCAGUGCCGGCAGCACGAGUGUUAUUACGGCGGCGCAUUAAGUCAUUAGCGUGUAGUACCGCGCCGCUGCUCUCCUCCGAUCCUCUGGCGCCGCGUCUGUGAUGAACACCGAAGCGAGCGCGGUGGAGGACGGACCUGGCGACUUCUGGAAGAAGAACAAGAACCUGGUCAAGGUGCUGGUGGCGACCGUGGUGCACCCGGCGUCCAGGCUGGCGGCCAACUACAGCAAGACCGCGCUGCGGGAGGCGUGCGCACGCGUCGUGGACAAGCUGCGCGUCUCGGCCGAGCAGAUGGUGCUCCCGAAGAAGGCGCGUCGCGCCGACGCCGAAACGUCGGACGGAGAGGAAAAGCGAGCGGAGCGGGGGGUUGCGCCGUCUGUGACGUCGACUCCGUCGUCAGCCGCGUCAUCCUCAGCCGCGUCAGCGUCGACGUCGUCAGAUUCUUCCUCUUCGUCGUCGUCACCGUCCACGGAGACCCCCACGUCACCAGCGGACGACGGCCAUCGGAUGUUGGUGUACUUCCAGCAGCCGCCGCUCGUGCGCUGUCGACUUAGCGUCGCCCUGGAAGAAGGCUGGCUGUGA